AUGACGGUUGCCGGCUUGGGGUCUCAGAGAGGCUGGAAGGAAAUGGAAGGCAGUGGAGCCGCAAGACCAGCGGCGGACGGAUUAGAUGAAUCAGCGAUCAGAGGGCACAGGCUGCAGGGCCGCCAUGUUGUGGGAGUGGGAGCAGCGCGUACAGUAGGGCAGCAAGACGGUGACCCUGUCAUGUACCAGCGUCGUCGGGCUGGGACAAAGGCGUGCAGUCGAAGGAGCACCGCUUGUCAUGAGUUGAGACGACGUCGUUGGCCGUUGGGAGCAAGGGGGGCAGAUGGGGGGCAGAGGAAGCGGGGCAGUCGCAUCCCUACUGCUUUUACUCUGACUACGUAG